UCACUUGACCCUGCUUUGUUCUUGCCCUAAAAGCUUCGCGCUUCGGAUCUCCCUACGGACUGGUUUACCGGUUGUCUCUGUCAGAUCAGACCUCAGAACAGGAGCUCGAAGCGACAAUUCUUCGCCUUAUUCGCCAUUCGACAAAGAAGCCCAUAUUCUUUCACUCGCUCCUCUCACCCUUUUGCUCUGUGGAUGUUUGGAGGUGAAACCGUGAAAGAUGAGCUGUUCUGCAACAGCUAAAGUGGAGAUCUUUAUGAACAAGUGAAACAUUCUGGUAUUCUGAUUGACAUGCGAUGCUAAAGCCGUUUGCUAAACAUUUCAAGGAUGAAAAUUUCUUGUGUCACCCUUGAAUUUCAAUUGACACAAUUUCCAUGAAAGCUGCUGCCUUGUCACCCCUGCAUUCCAUUGAGCUGUUAUCUGUCACAAAUGAGACUAGCUAGGGUACUUUUGAGGAAGAAACCAUGGCCUCGAAGGGUCCUAGAUCUAAAUUGGACCAUGAAAGUAGAUCCAGACGUCAAAAGGCUGUUGAGGCCUCCAGGGAGCCGCCUCGAUCUAAAGCACACUGGGAUCACGUUUUAGAGGAGAUGGUUUGGCUUUCAAAGGAUUUUGAAUCAGAGAGGAAAUGGAAACUAUCCCUAGCAAAGAAAGUUGCCUUAAGAGCCAGCAAGAACAUCCUAGACCAAGCCUCAAAGGGUGAAAGGAAACUCAAGGAAGAAGAGCAACGUAUGAGAAAAAUUGCACUUAAUAUUUCUAAAGACGUGAAGAAAUUCUGGAUGAAAAUAGAAAAGCUGGUGCUUUAUAAGUAUCAAUUGGAGUCUGAGGAAAGAAAGAAGAAGGCUCUUGACAAGCAACUUGAUUUUCUUUUAGGUCAAACGGAAAGGUACUCCACAAUGCUCGCAGAAAAUCUUGUGGCUACGCCUUGUUCUCAUAAACCAAUCAAUGUAGACUCUGAGCAUCUCAAAUCACCCCAUGUAGAUGGGGAGGAUGAUAGAAAUUGCACUAUAAGUAGCCCAAUUGGUCGAGAAACAAAGUCAGACCUUAUGGAGGUUGAUGAUGAUUAUAUAGCUCAAUCUGAAGAUGAUUUGGUAGAUGAUGAACAUACCAUUGAGGAGGAUGAGGCUCAAAUUACGGAGGCAGAAAGGAGGGAAGAAUUGAUUGCAUUGCAGGCAGAAUUAGAUCUGCCACUUGAAGAACUUCUCAAAAAGUACGCUAGUAAUGAAGUCAGUAGGGAAGUCAGUCCAGAAGUGGGUGAACAUGUGGCUGCAGCCGCUGCAAAAAUCAAUGAACCUUAUAAAGAUUUAAAACUUCCUUGUGAAGUAUCCAGUUCAAUUGGUCAGAUCGAAGAGAACAACAAAUCCAUACAUAUUGACCAUCAUGUUGAAACUAUGGAAAACAUUUCCUGCACUUUUGGACAGUUGGCCGUUAACUCAGUCAUAGAACCUAAGCUUCACUCAAAUGAUUUAGAUGCUGCUGAACAGAAACCUUUGCUCCAUUCUAUUGAUGAUGAAGCGGAUGAUGAAGAUUUUCUUAUUCUUGGUGAUGAAGUGCAGGAUGAUGAAGGAACCUUGUCUGAAGAGGAAGAAUUGGCAAUAAGAGAGGGAAUUGACCCUUUGGAUGAGAUAAAGCAACUUCAACAAGAAAGUGAGCUGCCUUUAGAAGAGCUACUUGGAAGGUAUGGACAGGAGUUGGAGAAUGAUGAUGAUUUUGGCUCUGUGGAAUCUGAAUGUUCUUCCUCUGCUUCGGAUGGCCCAUUUGAGAAUGAGGCAUAUUGCGUUAUUCAAUCAGGUGUUCCAAGCCUUUCCAGAGUUGAUCAUGCCUCAGAACGGGCAAAUUCUCCUCAAACAGUCCAAGAUUCCAAUGCAGCAGACAUUGAAGAUGACAUGAAGCUUGAACAUGAUAAAAUCAUGGAUAAACGGGACAGUGAAAACAUGAUCGCCGAUGCAGCAGCUGCAGCGAGAUCUGCUCAACCCACAGGCAAUACAUUCUCGACCACCAAUGUGCGAACUAAGUUUCCUUUCCUCCUCAAACACCCUCUACGGGAAUAUCAACAUAUUGGCUUGGAUUGGUUGGUCACUUUGUAUGACAAGAGACUUAAUGGAAUUCUUGCAGAUGAAAUGGGUUUGGGAAAGACAAUCAUGACAAUUGCCCUUUUAGCACAUUUAGCAUGUGAGAAGGGAAUCUGGGGACCACAUCUUAUUGUAGUACCAACUAGUGUAAUGCUUAAUUGGGAAACUGAGUUUCUUAGGUGGUGUCCUGCUUUCAAAAUACUGACAUACUUUGGAAGUGCAAAAGAGCGGAAACAUAAGAGGCAAGGUUGGUUGAAACCAAAUUCCUUUCAUGUGUGCAUCACUACUUACAGACUUAUCAUCCAAGACUCAAAAGUAUUUAAACGAAAGAAGUGGAAAUACCUCAUCCUUGAUGAAGCUCAUCUAAUAAAGAACUGGAAAUCUCAAAGAUGGCAAACUCUAUUGAACUUCAACUCAAAACGGCGAAUUCUGUUAACUGGCACACCUCUACAAAAUGACCUUAUGGAACUUUGGUCCUUGAUGCAUUUCUUAAUGCCUCAUAUAUUUCAAUCUCAUCAAGAAUUUAAAGAUUGGUUCAGUAAUCCAAUCUCUGGGAUGGUGGAGGGUCAGGAAAAGGUUAACAGGGAAGUAGUAGAUCGAUUACACAAUGUUCUUCGUCCUUUCAUACUUCGGCGCUUGAAAAGAGAUGUGGAGAAGCAACUCCCCAAGAAGCAUGAGCAUGUCAUCUACUGUAGACUUUCAAGACGACAAAGGAACUUGUAUGAAGACUUUAUUGCAAGCUCGGAAACCCAAGCAACUCUUGCUAGUGCAAAUUUUUUUGGCAUGAUUAGCGUGAUAAUGCAACUUAGGAAGGUCUGCAAUCAUCCUGAUCUAUUUGAGGGCCGUCCAAUCAUAAGUUCAUAUGAUAUGGCUGGUAUUGACAUUCAAUUAAGUUCAGCUGUUUCUUCAAUAUUUUCUUCUGGGCCAUUUUCUGAGGUUAAUCUCGAAGGUUUAAAUCUCAUAUUUUCUCAUCAUGAAUUUGACAUGUUUUCUUGGGAGACUGAGGAAGUAUUGUCAAUUUGUUCAUCUAAAUUAAUUGAGGACAAUAUGCUAAAGUUUAUAGGGAUACCAUUUACUGAUCAGUAUGACCGCAAAAGAGUCCUAGGAACUAAUAUUUUUGAAGAAAUUCAGAAAGCGCUUUUUGAAGAAAGACUGAAGCAGUUAAAAGAAAAGGCAGCUUCUAUUGCAUGGUGGAAUAAUUUGCAAUGUCAGAAGAAACCUAUCUACGGAGCUAAUCUUAGGGAACUUGUUACUAUUAAGCACCCUGUUGCAGAUAUUCACAAGCAAAAGAAUAGUCCUUCCUGUUAUAUGAAAUUUUCAUCCUAUCUUGGAGAACUAGUCCUUUCAGCUCAUGAACGAUUCCAAAAGAUGAUAGGCACAGUUGAAAGCUUUAUGUUUGCAAUUCCAGCUGCACGUGCACCUCCUCCUGUUUGCUGGUCCAGUAAAGGUGGAUCUUGUGUGUUUCGGACACAAGCUUAUGUUGAUAGAUGUACAGAGUUUCUAUCACCUCUCCUCUCACCUUAUAGACCUGCCAUUGUGCGCAGACAAGUGUAUUUUCCUGAUAGACGGCUGAUACAGUUUGAUUGUGGAAAGCUGCAGGAACUUUCUGUCCUUUUAAGGCGUUUAAAGUCAGAAGGGCAUAGAGCUUUGAUAUUUACGCAGAUGACUAAGAUGCUUGAUAUAUUGGAGGCUUUCAUCAAUUUGUAUGGUUAUACAUAUAUGAGAUUGGAUGGUUCUACACCACCGGAACAGAGGCAAACUCUGAUGCAGCGUUUUAACACAAACCCAAAAUUUUUCCUAUUCAUUCUAUCGACCCGGAGCGGUGGAGUUGGGAUUAAUCUAGUGGGGGCGGAUACUGUUAUCUUUUAUGAUAGUGAUUGGAAUCCAGCAAUGGAUCAGCAAGCACAAGAUAGAUGCCACAGGAUAGGACAAACACGGGAAGUGCACAUAUAUCGACUUAUUAGUGAGAGUACAAUUGAAGAAAACAUUUUGAAGAAAGCAAAUCAGAAGCGUAGGCUUGAUGAUUUGGUCAUACAGAGUGGAAGUUACAACACAGAGUUCUUCAAAAAGCUUGACCCUAUGGAACUAUUUUCUGAUCAUAAAUCACUUAGUGUUGGGAACUUUUGUAAGGAGAAUAAUCCUGCUGAAUCCUCCAAUCAUGGAAUGGGGGCAGACAUUUCAAAUGCAGAUGUCGAGGCAGCUAUUAUGCAUGCAGAAGAUGAGGCAGAUUAUAUAGCUCUGAAAAGAGUAGAGCAGGAAGAAGCAGUAGAGAAUCAAGAAUUUUCUGAAGAUGCUAUAGGGAGAAUCGAUGAUGAUGAGAAUGAGGAAGAAACAAAGGCUGAUGAAAAAGGUCCUGAUGAAAAAGGUAAAUUUAGCUCUAGAAAUAUGGGGAGCAAGGAUAGCGGAGCUGACAAUCUGAAUGAAGAAAAUGCUCUCACUUUAAUUGGGGGAUCUGAAGAUAUUGACAUGUUGGCUGAUGUAAAACAGAUGGCAGCUGCUGCAGCAGCUGCUGGGCAAGCUAGUUCAACAUUUGAAAACCAGCUUCAGCCCAUUGAUAGAUAUGCUAUGCGCUUUUUAGACUUGUGGGAUCCAAUAAUUGAUAAAUCUUCCGUGGAAUAUCAUGAAAGUGUCGAAGAAGAGGAUUGGGAGUUGGAUAGAAUUGAAAAGUUCAAGGAAGAUAUGGAAGCUGAGAUUGAUGAUGAUCAGGAGCCUCUUUUUUAUGAAAAUUGGGAUGCUGAUUUCGCCACUACAGCAUAUCGGCAGCAUGUUGAAGCUUUAACUCUGCAGCAGUUGUUGGAAGAAAAGGAGUCUGAAGCUAAGGACGCUGAAGCCGAAGAUGGAAGUUUUGAGGCUAUUGGGAAUGGGGUAUCCACUGAACGGAAGGCUAAGACAAAGAGGAAGUUGAAGAAAACAAAGUUCAAGACUCUCAAGAAAGGUCGUCUAGCUUCUGAAACAGAAAUUAUGCUAGAUCAGCCAUUUGUAGAUCCAUUAUCUGAUUAUGAGAGAAAUCUUUCCUCAAAUGCAAUUUCUAUUGCUUCUCUACCACAAUCAUCCGCACACAGAAAACGUAAAAAGGCUACAGCUGUUCCUAAUGAUGAAAAGUCCUCACAGAAGGGCUCCAAGAAAUUGAAGUCUUCAGAAAGUAAGUUUGGGAGGGAUUCCAACUCUUUGGUCAAGCGAUUUCUGGAAUCUGCAGAUGGAGUUAAUGAUAAUGAUCUUAAGCAUGUUAAUAGACCCAAGAUGGGUGGCAAGGUCUCUAUCACAGUUAUGCCUCUUAAACGUGUUAUGGUGGUCAAACCAGAGAAGUUGAAAAGGAAGGGACAUGUUUGGUCUAAAGAUUACUUUCCACCAACAGAUUGCUGGUUGGCUCAAGAGGAUGCCAUACUAUGUGCACUUGUACAUGAAUAUGGUACAAAUUGGACUCUUGUGAGCGAUGUACUUUACAGUAUGCCCGGUGGUGGAUACUAUAGAGGAUUUUUCCGCCAUCCUGUCCAUUGUUGUGAAAGGUUCAGGGAAUUAUUCGUUAAAUAUGUCCAGUCUACAGUAGAUAGUUCAAAUGCUGAAAAAUUAUCUGCAAGUGGAUCUGGGAAAUCCCUUCUUAAGGUGACAGAGGAGCAUGUUCGUUCCCUGCUUAAUGUUACUAGUGAACUUCCAGACAAUGAAUUACUUCUUCAGAAACAUUUUGUUGCCAUUCUUUCUUCAGUGUGGAGGGAAAAAUGCCGCCUUAUGCGAAGUCACACUACGAUAUAUUCUCAAAGUGGUUAUCACUUAAAAUUCUCCGGUAAUUCUCAAAUUAAGAAGCCUGGUGCGGAUCUGGCAAACUUGAGAUAUUCUAAGAAGUUGGUAAUGGCUGCCCUCAAUGAUAUCAAUGCUAGACAUCAUGAACAAGUACAAGAAUUACCCACGCAGGAGGCUUCUGCUGUUGUUGACCAGUUAGAGUUAACAUUGGACUUAUCAUCUGCAAAGGAAGCAUAUUCUGAAGUUAUGUUUCCAUCAUCAGUCAAUGUUGCAAUACAUGUGUUUGAACAGAAACAAUUUGCUGAACGUAAUAGAAGUAACUUUGCUGAACCUUAUUCAAAAAUUGUUGAGAACAGAUUCAGGAAGGCUUCACAAACUUGCUUGGAGGGUGAAUGCCCAGGAUGGGCAACAGUUACUUUUCCUUUUUGUAAUGCUUACAGAUCUCGAUCAGGCUCAAAGUCUCAGUAUCUGGGCAAACAGAAGUCCAUUGCUGACCAAGGGAGACCACCAAAAUCCAAGAUUCCGAGGACUAUGGAUUCACAAGAAGAAUCUGGUUUGGUUGCAAAAUCUUUCAUGCCAUCAACCAGACCAGUCAUGGAGUUCGACUACUUGGAUCAAAGUGUUUUACAGGGAGAUGAAGACAUUUCUGACUUGCCUUCAUUGGAAGAUUUACCCCUUAUAGAUUCUGUACCACAUGAAUAUGAUCCAGAAUUACUACAUGAUUUGGAAGAUAUUGAUUUACAACUAGAUAUUACUGACAUUGGAUGAGGCUUAAUACAUUAUAUGUGGGUGCUGUUUUGCAUGCGAGAGCUUGUGGUCAUCAAUUGAUACCAUCAAGUUUCAAAUUCUUCUUUGGGUUCAGCAUUUCUAAGGAAUGGAUAGGCUGCAACUUGGCAUGAUAUGGCAUUUGGGCUGUGUAGGAGGGUGGCAGUCGAAAUGAACGGACUCAAAUGCUACAGCUUAUUUAUACGCACAGGAAGGCGGAGCAAAAAACUUGGUAGCAGUAGGAUUGAUCAUAUAUCUCUCGAGGAUCAAUUCAACGAAUAUACUUUCCCUGCACACUUGGGGAAAGAGCUUGUAAGUUCUAUCUAUAGUUUACCUUAUCUGGUGAUAUUUUUUCUUAGCUGGGCAGGUAGCCAUUAGAAAGUUUUAGCUGCUAAUGUAACCCAGAAUGGAGGUGAAAAAAAAAGGAAUGAAUCAUUUAUGUUGUAUCGGUGAGAAACGAACCCCUUCUCCUUUGGUCAUUGUUGAAUCGAGCGUUUCUCUCCUGUUACUGAAUCUACAUGUUUAUUUCAAGCCUGAGCACUGUUAAAGAGGUAUAGAUUUGUCUUUUAACAUCCUUCAUUACAUGCUUUGCCUGUUUUUGGAGGUUUGUUGUUUUUUAUUUUUGAUCUUUAGUAGACGUUUCCAGUGAAUCAAGUGCUCAUUUGAAUGUGACAUGUUGAUAAUUUGCUUAUGAGUGAUAUAGCUUUAUGCAAA